CCCAGGUCAGCCAACCUUUAGUUCUGUUUGCUCCUUCAUGCUGAGUGUUUUGGUUUCCUCAGAGUGUUUGGAGGAGCUGGGCUGUCUGAUCGAGGGCUAUGGGAUGAACGUGUGCCAGCCGACUCCGGCCAAAUCCCUGAAGGAGAUCGCCGUCCACAUCGGAGACAGAGACACGUCCGUCCGAAACGCUGCCCUGAACACGGUGGUGGCCGUCUACAACGUCUGCGGGGACCAGGUCUACAAACUCAUCGGAAAUCUGUCAGAGAAAGACAUGAGCAUGCUGGAGGAGCGGAUCAAACGAUCGGCGAAGAAGACGCCUGCGGCUCCGGCGAAGCAGAGCGCCGCCGAGAAGACGCAGCGGGAGCAGCCGACGAACCCCAACGCCACCUUCCUCCGCAAGCCAGCACAGGAAGACCCUGGAAAGCUCAAAAUAAUGUAUCGCACGUAUAGGAUUCAGUCCCGGCAGAACGCGCACAGCGACCAUCCCUCCAUCCCCAAGGAGUUCCAGCUGGACCUGGACAUGAUAGAGCAGGACCAGCGGAGCGUGUGUGAGCUGCCGGACCUGGUCCAGCACCAGCUGGACGAGCUGCUGGAGCCCGUCAUGAUCCCGGAGCCCAAGAUCCGCUCCAUCUCUCCUCACUUUGACGACCUUCACAGCAGCACGGCCUCCACCAUCAACUUCGUCAUCUCUCAGGUGGCGAGCGGCGACAUCGGCACCAGCAUCCAGGCGCUGGCUCAGAUUGACGAGGUUCUGCGUCAGGAGGACAAGGCCGACGUCAUGUCGGGUCACAUCGACCAGCUGCUCAUCGCCACCAUCAUGCAGCUGCGCCUCAUCAACAGCACGCACCUCGCAGACGACCGCGUGGACAAGACGGACCUCAUCAAGCUGUACAGCUGCAUCAUGGGAAACAUGAUGUCUCUGUUCUCCAUGGAGACGCUGGCCCGCGAGGCGUCGAUUGGUGUUCUGAAGGACCUGAUGCACAGCCUGAUCACGCUGAUGCUGGACAUCCGAGUGGAGGACGUGGAGGACGGGACGCAGGUCAUCCGCUCCGUCAACCUGCUGGUGAUCCGAGUUCUGGAGCACUCGGACCAGACCAACAUAUUCAGCGCUCUGCUGGUUCUGCUUCAGGACACGCUGGUCUCCAACGCCGGGUCUCUUAAAGUCUCUGAACUGGUGAUGAAGUGUCUGUGGAGGAUGAUCCGCUUGCUGCCAGAGAAUAUCAACAGCCUGAACCUGGACCGGAUCCUGCUGGACGUCCACAACUUCAUGAAGGUUUUCCCGAAAGAGAAGCUGAAGCAGCUGAAGACAGACGUUCCUCACCGGACCCUGAAGACCCUCUGCCACACGCUCUGCAGGCUCACCGGGGUCAAGAUUCUGGACCACCUGUCCAUGAUAGAAAACCGGAACGAGUCGGAGUUGGAGGCCUACCUGAGGCGAGUCGUCAAACACUCGGGGAACCUGUCGGGAACGAAGAGUGACCGCGGCAACGAGAAGAGCGCCCACGGGACGGACGACCGCAUGUCCAAGGCGAAGGUCAGCGACAUCCUGUCCGAGAUCUUCAAGAAGAUCGGCUCCAAGGAGAACACUAAAGAGGGCCUGACCGAGCUCUACGAGUACAAGCAGAAGUACUCUGACGCCGACCUGGAGCCGUUCCUCAGAAACACGUCGCAGUUCUUCCAGAGCUACGUGGAGCGAGGCCUGCGGGUCAUCGAGUCGGAGCGUGAGGGAAAACCUCGGAUCCAGAGCUCCUCAGUGAUUCCUCAGCACAACGUGGAGUCCAGCCUCAGCAGCAGCAACGAAGAGCUGAAACCCGCCGUUUACUACGAGAGGCUGAAGAUCCUCCGGCAGAGACAAGGCCUGGAAAACACGACCAGGGCUCUCAGCAGCGAGGACGAGCCUCCGCAGCGGCCAGCCAUCUCCUCCCUGCUGUCCUCCAAGCCGUCCGUGGCCUCGUCCACCGACAUGCUCCACAGCAAGCUGUCGCAGCUGAAGGAGUCCCGGGAGCUGUACCAGCAGGAGCACAACGCGCGCUCCGGAUCGCCGACCCGCGCCCGCGCCGCCUCGCCCGCCACCGCCAACCUGGACGACCUGAAGAAGCGUCUGGAGCGGAUCAAGAGCAAGCGGCAGUGAGGCGUUUCGACCGCUCCCUCUCCCCCGUCUCCCCGCUCCCAAUGCACGGACAGGAGGAAGGCCGCGGCCUCCUCAUCCUCACACGCAGCCUGACUCCGCCCACUGUGCCUGUGUGAUGAAAACAUUAAAGCAACACAUCCAGAAACCCUGCAGCUGCUUCAGGCCGUCUGUAUUAUAACGCUGACCUGUCUCUAACCCGUCAUCCGGCUGUAAAUAUCUAACCUCCUCCUCACAGCGCCCUCUGCAGGUGGGUUUAGGUCGCAUCAGGCUGUAGAUACUUCUAGUCCUCAUAAGCUCAUCUGUUCAGCAGCUGGCGCUGGUUCCGGUUCCGACCCGCCCGGCUCUCCUCCGUCGUUGUGGCUUGAAGAGCAUGGCAUGUCUGUGGCUGUUUUUAUGUUGGUGUAAAUAAUUUGUUUUAAUAAAACUGCAGUUUUCCCUGCAUCACCUGUCAGGUGAGCCCGUCUCUCACCUGUUCGGCGACGGGAUCAGAUAACCCGGUUUUUGUAUUUAAUUCAGACGUCAGAACUGCAGUCAUCUCUUUGUUGCUGUCAUUGUAUAAUCCAUUGUUGAAAACAUCAAUAAAAAUCUUUUUUUAACAACAA